GGCCAGUUCCAGAAGCCUCCUCCCUCACGCUGCCCCACGGAUGCACGCCGUCCUCCUGUGCAGUGCUCUGUAUUUUCCCACCAGGCCCCUACGGUGGUCCGGCGUUUUCCACAGUUUCAGCUCUGCUUCGCUCCUUUCUCCGUGAGGGCGAGGAUAACUUCAACGCCUCCCGGUGUCCCCGCAGCAUCCUACCCGUGGAAGUGACUUGUGUGGGACAGCGUCAGGGCAGUGCAGCGCCGUUCCGCUCUGCCGCUGGCUGCCGGGAUUGGGCUUGGACGCCGCGUCUCGGCUGCAGCUGGGGCUCGCCCACCCCGCGCUCUUUCUCCGGGUACUUCGCGAACAAGUUUUGGAGCACCCGGAACCGCUCGUGCGUGAGAUUUGGCUUUGGGUCCCGAAGGAGGGAGAGCGAGGGGACGGCCACACCGGCCUCCUCCCGGCACCAGAGGAGUUACUGUUGACAUAAGAGUUUUAAAAAACAGUUCUGAACCAUGGCUUCAGCAGUCCUUAGCUCUGUUCUCACUACUGCCUCUCGAUUUGCCCUGUUACAAGUUGAUAGUGGCAGUGGUUCUGAUUCUGAGCCUGGAAAAGGCAAAGGCCGGAAUAAUGGGAAGUCUCAAACUUUGGGAAACAAAUCAACCACAAAUGAAAAAAAGAGAGAGAAACGAAGAAAAAAGAAGGAACAGCAGCAGAGUGAAGCAAAUGAGCUCAGGAAUCUUGCUUUUAAGAAAAUUCCCCAGAAAUCCUCCCAUGCCAUUUGCAGUGUUCAACAUGAGCUUCCAUUGCCAAACCCAGCACAGAAGGAGUCUCGGGAAGAGAACUGGCAAGAGUGGAGACAGAGAGACGAGCAGCUGACAUCUGAAAUGUUUGAAGCUGAUCUUGAGAAGGCGUUGUUGCUGAGCAAAUUAGAAUAUGAAGAGCACAAACAGGAUUAUGAAAAUGCUGAAAAUGCUUCAACUCAGUCAAAAGUUAUAAAUAAAAAAGAUAAAAGAAAGAACCAGCAGGGGAAAGACAAACCUCUCACAGUGUCACUAAAAGAUUUUCAGUGUGAAGAUCAUAUUAGUAAGAAGGCAGAGGAAUUGAAUUCUUCUCAGACUUCAUCACACGAUGGGGGAUUCUUCAAUAGACUGGAAGAUGAUGUUCAUAAGAUUCUUACUAGAGAAAAAAGAAGAGAACAACUUACAGAACAUAACGGAACAGAUAAUUGUCCCGCUCCGGAGCACAACCAGGAAGUGGGUCUAAAAGAUGGAAGAAUUGAAAGACUAAAGUUAGAACUUGAAAGGAAGGAUGCUGAAAUUCAGAAGCUCAAAGCUGUGAUCACCCAGUGGGAGACAAAGUAUAAAGAAGUAAAAGCAAGAAAUGGACAAUUAUUAAAAAUGCUUCAGGAAGGAGAAAUGAAAGACAAGGCCGAGAUACUCCUGCAAGUGGAUGAAUCACAGAGCAUCAAGAAUGAGCUGACGGUCCAGGUGACUUCACUUCAUGCCGCAUUGGAACAGGAAAGAUCUAAAGUGAAAGUAUUACAAGCAGAAUUAGCCAAAUACCAGGGCGGCAGAAAAGGGAAAAGGAACCCUGAGUCUGACCAGUGUAGGUGAUUACGGCAGCCUUGGAGGUCAACACACAGAUUUUUCAGAAUUCUGCAAAAAAUGUGUAUAUUUAAUGCUGUAUAACUGCUAAACUGCAGUUUUUGUUGAAGGAACUAAAAGUAACUAGCUCACUCAUAGUCUACAAUUUUAUGUUCUUUUGGCUUAAAGUUAAAAGAAAAUAUAGAAUACCAGCAGAACUUGAUUAUUGUUUUCUGUCCAAACUUCUUAUGACUUUAGUUUUUCAUCAGUCAAUAAAAUUAAUUUACUCUUCCACUAA